AUGGCAGAGUCAUCGUCAGAGAAGAAAGUGGUGGUGAUAGGAAUAGACGACAGCGAGCAGAGCACGUACGCGCUGAGAUGGACCCUCGAUCACUUCUUCCCGAACCCGGUCUUCAAGCUCGUUCUGGUCCACUCCAGGCCCACUGCCACAUCCGCUGUGGGCCUCGCCGGGCCUGGUGCCGCUGAGAUAUUACCUAUUGUAGAUUCUGAUCUGCGAAAGAUUGCCGCCAGAGUCGUCGAUUCCGCUAAACAACUUUGCAUCGACAAAUCCGUAAAGGAUGUAACGGCGGAAGUAGUGGAAGGUGAUCCUCGAAAUGUUCUUUGUGAUGUUGUGGAAAAGUACCAUGCUACAAUAUUGGUCGUGGGUAGUCAUGGUUAUGGGGCUAUAAAAAGGGCGGUUUUAGGUAGUGUAAGUGACUAUUGUGCUCAUCAUGCUCACUGCACUGUGAUGAUCGUGAAGAAGCCAAAAACCAAACACUGA